CUUCGCGUGGCUUGUCAAGACAGGAAGGCGGGCGGCCCCAUUGAAACUUGAGACUUGGAGUCAGAUGGCUUUGUGGCUGAAGCACAAUUAUGGCAGUUUGUAGGCUAAGGCCUGGUUUGGCCUGGAUGCUGGACAGCCUCCGCUGGAACAGAGCUUUCCUGGCACCUUUACCAUGCAAAAGUUGCAGCCGCACUUGUUCCUCUCCGGCAGAGAAGCAGCGCACCUAUUGGCAAUAUUUGCGGCGCAAAGUUUUGAAACCUCCCACCCCACCCUACAGCCACGUCUGCCAGGUGGGGGACCCCAUUCUGCGCUCCCUGGCUGCCCCCGUGGAGCCCUCACAGAUUGCCAGUGGUGAGGUGCAGACCCUCAUCCGUACUCUAGUUCGCGUAAUGAGAAAAGAACAAUGUGUGGGUCUCAGUGCUCCCCAAGUGGGCGUGCCACUCCAGAUCUUUGUGGCGGAGUUCCCUGAGAGGCUCUAUCAUGAGCACACCCCCAGUAUGCGCCAGGCUUGCCAGAUGGCCCCUUUCCCCCUGCGUGUGGUAGUGAAUCCAUCCAUGAGAGUGCUGGACUCCCAACUGGUCUCUUUCCCCGAGGGCUGUCAAAGCAUCAGUGGAUUCUCUGCUUGUGUUGCCAGAUACCAAGCUGUGGCAGUUUCCGGUCUGAAUGAAGUCGGGGAGCAGUUUAGCUGGCCAGCAAGUGGCUGGGCAGCCCGCAUCAUCCAGCAUGAGAUGGACCAUCUGCAGGGUGUGUUGUAUAUUGACAAGAUGGUCAGCAGGACUUUUGUGAAUCUGCAGUGGGAACAGCUAAAUGAGUAAAGCAGGACUGGGCCUGGGGGGGGGGGCAGGGAGAGAGAGGCUACCUUUUCUCUGCCUGCUGUUCCUAAGUAUGUCCAAACCAGUGAAAGGGACAAUAGAAAGAGAAGGUGGACACUUCCAAGGUGAGAGGGUUCAAUGAUGUUUUUACUGUUUGUCAUCUUCUUUAUGGCAUGAGGAGUGGAAGCUGGGCAGGUAAGCUGGGCAUAAGCAUGCCCUUCCCCCACCCCACA